UAAUGAUAUCGUAGUAGAUGAGAUUAUCCUAUUGAAUUUGAUUUUUUUUUUUUAAAUCCUAUGUCUUUUCCUUUCUAAAAAAAGAAGCAGCAGUUAUUCAUCGACACACGAAGUUCCUGUAAAAGGAAGAGAGUGAAUUGCAGGGGUGGUGCCAGGAAUUCCAAACUCCCUGACAAGGGGGUCCACGCCCCUCCCCCUCCCACCGUCGGGGAAAAAUUAGGUCUGUCGGGAUUUUUUUAAAAUUAAAAGAUAAUAAAUUAAUUACCGUAUAUAGUGUUAAUAUGGGAUUAUUUUUUUAAAUUUUUCCCCAACGAACUUGCUGGAAAUUCCCCGACAGGGGAUCCAAGCGAGGGACCAGGGGUCCCCGACCCCCGACGGGGAUCCUUUGCUCCCCUCCCCGGAACCCCCGCUAGCGCCGCCUAUGGUAAAUAGUGCGCAUGUCGGUGUUGGUCUCCCGUAGCAACGGGAAUAUACACUUUGCUGGUUAAUAAAAGAAUCACCCACCUGUUCAGUACCUUUUCAGAAAUGGACAAUGGGACUAUCCUAAAUAUUCUAGUGGAUAUUACUAUUAGAGCUGGGCAUCGAUUAGAAUGAGUUGCUGAUAAUUUUCUCAUGCCGUUUUAACGUUUUGCUUUUUUCGAUAAAAAUGAUGUGAUUUUAUAUUCCGUCAGUGUUUAGGCUACAAAGGUCUAUUAUUAUCGCGGACGGAAAAGUUAACGAAAAUCGAUAUUUUGUCACGGCAAUGUAAUUUGUUCAAGGCUAGUAACGCUGAUAAAAUAUAUUAGGAUCGCAUUGAUGACCCCGAUGAAGUUUGUGUUCUACAGUACUGUACUUGAAAAACGCUCGUCACCACUUGCGGUUGUCAUACUUAAAUGAAUAGCGAGGGAUUAUUGCUGGCUUUCUAUAUUGUUACAGAGUUUGACUAGGCCUGGUCUAUAGAUAUCGUGCACAGUAACUCAACAAUGUCUAACAUUAGAACAGUAGAUAGAGCCACUUCUGCAGGUUAUCGUUUCCCCAUUUCUUCCCGUGCCUCUAGCGCCUACCACGGAUCUUGUGUGCCAAAGGAGAGAUGUUCUUCCGCUCCACCAUCGAAGAUCUUAACCAAAGCUGAAUACGAGAAAAGUCAUGUAGUUAACCACGACAAAAUAUGGAGGGAAACGGUCGGACGAGAACAGAACGCAGUUAGGAAAUGGGAGCAAGGAUGGGGCUUUCUUAAAGACUAUGACCAAAAGGGAAAUAUCAAAGAAAAACCGAAACCUCCGGAAAACCUGACAGUUUUUUCCGAAUCCUUGCCGAAUACAGGAGCGCAGACUAUUGGACAUUUGCAGAAGACUGGUCAGGCAAAACCACUGGUCACGUUACAGCAUCAAUUUAGUCAAACACAUCGACGAAAACAAGCGAAGGAUUUGUUAUGUUACGAUUGAUUUAUUACAAACUUUUUCUUCAGCUGGACAAUCCAUCCAUUGUGCGUGCUUAAUUGACAACUCGUCUACGUUUAUAGGCCGACUGUUCUCGGCACUGUUGAUAUGGCUAUAAAAAACAUUAGACGUUUUGAGCCAUGUUGGACAAAGACUUAUAUACCCAGUGGUGGCGCCAGCGUCUAAAAUCUGGGGGAGAGGGGGUGAGGAGUGAUGGGUAAGGUAAAAAUUUACUGAGGGGGUGGUUGAAUAUAUUUCCCAUAGCAGACCGGGAAUACAAUUAUAAUUUGUAAAAUCAAAACAUAAACAGUACACUUCUAUCCAUAUGCUUGUUAAAGGAAAAUUAACACUUUGCUGGUAUUGAUUGUGAUAAGCGCACUACUGGAUAAGCGACUGCCCUGAGUCAACUUCAUUAAAGUGACUGAUAUGAUUUGGGUGGAAGAAGGUGGGGGUGGGUAUGGGAACUGGAGGAAAGAAAAUUAUCUAGGGGACUUUCCCCUCACUCGUAACGCCAUCACUUUCCCUGUACCUGAUCCUGAGUGUAAAAUUAAAUAGGCCUGUAUCCAUCUUAGCGGUCUAUCGUUUAAUAGAAUGGCAUAUUAUGCCCCUUUAAUGUUAACGUUAUCAAUGAUGCUGGAAUUGGAAAAGCACAUUGAUGAGAGUUAUUUCAUAAAAAAUAACCAUUAAGUUUGACGGUAUCAACUAUUGGAGGAAGUACCUCCUCUUACUGUUUAGUGUCUUGUAAGAGGCAUCUUGUUAAUGCGUUUCCGACUGUGUUUCAAAAAGUAAAUACUAGGCUAUACUCUGCUUUGAUACACAUGCGAAUAGCAAAUCGAAUCAAAUUCAUAUCAAAUAUAUUCAUCUUUCUAUACAAUCUCAUCAAACACGAGCAAUAUAAUACACAGUAUCAUGUAAUGAAAAAUCAAGUGCAUAAAUAUAUAUAAUGAUAUAUUAUUGUCAAUAGGCACACUCUAAACUGUCUUGCGGUAUAUUUAUAUAUAUGAACAUAUAUAUUAUAGACCUAUAUAAUAAAUUGUGCCAAUACACAAAACAUCUUAGCACAAGAGUGUGCAGUAUUAGUUGCUUGAAUCGGAGUUGUAUUCCCAACAAAGCCUCAGUGGUUCAGAUGGUUAAGGCGUUUGCGUAAAAGCAAAAUGUCCUGGUUCGAAUUAUUGUUGGGAAAAAAGGUUCUUUUGUAUUUCAUAUAAGUAUACUUUAUAUGCCUAUAAUAGGUUAUUAAUAUUUAUAAUUAUAAAUGGCGGUGGUGUUUUUUUGAAGGACGUUUAAUAAACACACGCAUAUACGGUAUCUGUUGAAAUCCCUACAUGUACGUUUGAAAAAUUAGUAUUCUAAAUAUUUUGCCGAUUUAAUGCGUUGCUAAUGCCGAAUUAUUUAAAUACCAACGUCGCUGUUCGUUGAAAUAGUAAUUUCUAUAAUGGUAAUUUCAAUGAGUAUUAUCCACAAUGGAGUAGAAAGAGCGUAGAAUUGUUUUUGAUUUCCGUAGCAGGUGUCCUAUGGGACAGCUAUACUUAGCGGGAUUUUAAUCGUACAAACUCAUUAAUGCACGUACGGUAUAUGGUAUUCGUUUUAAUAGAUGCUCAUACAAUAUUUAUUUUUAACAAAGAA